AUGGCUUCUCUGAUCGAAACAUGGGUGAAUGAUAAACUUCACGAUAUUCUUGGUAUAUCUGACAAAUUUAUAUCUCAAUUCCUCUUGGGUUUGGCAAAGAAGGCAGCAGACCCUGACGAUUUUGUGAACAAACUGAGAGAAACUGGCACUGUAGAUAUUGACGUUAAUGUGGUUAACUUUGCACAUGAACUUUGGACUAAGUUGCCAAGGAAAGCGGUAGCAGAGAAGAGUUCUCGUAUUCAAGAAAGACAAGCCUUGGAAAUGCAGAAAAGAAAUAAAAGUUACCAGCUGUUGGAUAGUGACAGUGAGGAGGAUUCAUACAUAGCCCCCUCAAAGAAAUCAAAAUUGGAUAAGAGGAAACAAUACAGGAAAAAACAAGAGUCUUCAUCCAGUAGUAGUAAUGAGGAAGAAAAUCUAGAUAUAGAUGAUGACAGAGAUGAAACAGAUGAUAAUUCAGAGGAAGAAAUGGAGAAGGAACGCCUUAAGGAUUUAGAUGAGAGAGACAAGUUUGCCAAUCGUUUGAAAGAGAAGGAUAAAGAGAAACAGAGAUCUAUCAUGUCAAAGUCAGAGAAGAAAGCUUAUGAAGAAGCCAGGAAGAGGCUUGAGAUGGAGGCAGAAGAUAGAAAGAAGAUCAUCCCUGAGUUGAGGAAGAAGUCUAGAAGGGAUUAUCUCAAAAAGAGAAAUGUGGACAAGCUGGAAGACCUGGAGGCAGAACUGAUGGAUGAGGAGUACUUAUUUGGAGACACAAAACUUACAGAAAGAGAAAAAAGAGAAAGAGAAUAUAAAAAGACUGUCCUAACACUAGCGAAAGAUCACCACAAAGCUCGUGAGAUAGAGAAGGUGAAUCGAUAUUAUAUGCCAAAAGAUGACGUAAAGCCAUCUGAAAAAUAUGAGGAAGAUCUUACUGAGAAAGGUCCCAAUUAUGAACAGAAACGCUGGGAAGAGGAGCAUGUUGGAGCAGCUAUAAUGAAGUUUGGGGCAAAAGAUGCCAAGGCCAAAAGUAAACAGAAGGAAUAUGACUUUAUUAUGGAUGAGGAAAUUGAGUUUGUACAAGUCUUACAGAUGCCAGGGACUAGAAAAGAUCAGGAUGAAGAACUUACAGAUUCCCAAAGAAAGAAAAUGACAAUAGAGGAAACACAGAAAAGUUUGCCUGUAUAUCCUUUCAAACAAGACCUGAUCGAUGCUAUACAUGAGCACCAAGUCCUCAUCAUAGAGGGGGAGACUGGGUCAGGCAAAACUACACAGAUACCCCAGUAUCUGCAUCAGGCAGGAUUUACAAAAAAUGGCAUGAAAAUUGGAUGUACUCAACCGCGUCGUGUGGCUGCCAUGUCUGUAGCAGCAAGAGUGGCUGAAGAGAUGGGCUUCAAACUUGGUAAUGAGGUAGGCUACAGCAUCAGAUUUGAAGACUGCACAUCAGAGAGGACUAUGAUUAAGUACAUGACUGAUGGUAUGCUUCUUCGUGAGUUUCUGGGAGAACCUGAUCUGGCAAGUUACAGUGUAAUGAUAAUUGAUGAGGCACAUGAAAGGACACUUCACACAGAUGUAUUGUUUGGUUUGGUCAAGGACAUUGCCAGAUUUAGACCAGAUUUAAAGCUCCUCAUCUCCAGUGCCACCCUGGAUGCAGAAAAGUUUUCAGAAUUCUUUGAUGAUGCCCCGAUUUUCCGUAUCCCUGGCAGAAGAUUUCCAGUAGAUAUCUACUACACCAAGGCCCCUGAGGCAGACUAUUUGGAUGCUGCUGUAGUAUCUGUGUUACAAAUCCAUGUCACACAACCCAUAGGGGACAUUCUAGUCUUCCUAACAGGCCAGGAGGAGAUUGAGACAGCCAAUGAAAUGCUACAGGAAAGAACCAAGAAACUGGGAAGUAAAAUAAAGGAAUUAAUCAUUCUUCCUAUCUAUGCAAACCUUCCAUCUGACAUGCAAGCCAAGAUAUUUGAACCUACUCCUCCAGGUGGAAGAAAGGUAGUUUUGGCAACAAACAUUGCUGAGACUUCUCUUACAAUAGAUGGAAUAAAGUAUGUGAUUGAUCCAGGCUUUUGCAAACAGAACAGCUAUAAUGCUAGAACAGGAAUGGAAUCACUCAUUGUUACUCCAAUAUCCAAGGCCUCAUCUAAUCAAAGAGCAGGAAGAGCUGGUCGAGUUUCAGCAGGGAAGUGCUUCAGAUUAUACACAGCAUGGGCAUACAAACAUGAAUUAGAAGACAAUACUGUGCCAGAAAUUCAAAGGACUAACCUGGGAAACGUUGUGUUACUACUGAAGAGUUUGGGAAUCAAUGACUUAAUUCACUUUGAUUUCAUGGAUCCCCCUCCACAUGAGACUUUAGUGUUAGCACUGGAGCAGUUGUAUGCACUUGGUGCCUUGAACCAUCGAGGGGAAUUAACUAAACUAGGAAGAAAGAUGGCAGAAUAUCCUGUUGAUCCCAUGUUGUCUAAAUGUAUUUUAGCGUCAGAGCAAUACAAGUGUUCCAAAGAAAUCUUGACUAUUUGUGCCAUGUUAUCUGUGAACAAUGCUGUGUUUUAUCGACCAAAAGACAAAGUGGUACAUGCAGAUACAGCUAGGGUUAACUUCUUUCGCCCUGGGGGUGAUCACUUGACUUUGCUAAAUGUGUAUGAUCAAUGGGAAGAGACAGCUUUCUCUACUCAGUGGUGUUAUGAAAACUUUAUUCAACAUCGCUCUAUGAAAAGGGCAAGAGACAUCCGGGACCAACUGGAGGGACUAAUGGAAAGGGUAGAGAUCGAGGUCAGUUCAAAUCCAGGGGACUCAGUGGCCAUACGAAAGGCCAUAACAGCAGGAUAUUUUUACCAUACUGCUCGAUUAGACAAGGGAGGUAAUUAUAAGACUGUCAAACAUCACCAGACAGUUAUGGUUCACCCCAACAGUAGUAUGUAUGAAGAUCGUCCAAAGUGGCUCAUCUAUCAUGAACUAGUGUUUACAACUAAAGAAUUCAUGAGACAGGUGAUUGAAAUUGAGAAUUCUUGGUUACUGGAGGUUGCACCUCAUUAUUACAAGCAGAAAGAAUUGGAAGACACAUCAAAGAGGAAAAUGCCAAAAGGGGCUGGAAAAUCUAGGGAGGAGAUGACUAGAACAUACUGAAAACUAGACUGGCCUACCUAAAGGACUGUUUGAUGCAAAAAAUUGCUGAAAAUUUAGAUUGUAAAUACAUACUAUGAUUUUGAGAGAGUGAGAGAGAGAGAGGACAUAUAUUUCUGUUUUCAAUGACGAGAGAUAUUUGCAGGAAAAGCAGAAUAAAGAAUGAAUCUUCAUAA